AUGGAUCGUAUGGUGGUAGCGUUCAUCGGGAUUGGACUUCGAAUCUUCGCCUUCAUAUGUCUCUUCAUCGCCUUGGUCGUAAUUGCCACCGACAAACUGGUCCUCAUUGAUGGCUCUGAAUCAACCUUCAAUGACAUUCAAGGAUACAGGUACGUUUUGUCCGUGGCAAUCAUAGGGUUGGUCCAUACAAUACUACAACUGGGUUUCUCUAUAUACUAUGCGGUUACCAAAAACAUACCAUUUUGGAACGGACUCCCUCAAUUCAAUUACUACACUGACCAGGUGAUAAGUUGGGUGUUGGUAUCGGCGGCGGGGGCGGGCCUUGCGGUGUCGGCGGAUCGUAAAAUGUUACUGAAUCAAGUUGUCGAGAACGGCAUCGGCGAUUGCGGAGUGUUGUUUGCAGCAUUGGAUCAGCAGAAGUGGUUGGUUGACGAUUUCUUCGAUAGGGCCAAUAUCGCCUCUGCCAUUCUCUUCCUUGCUUUCCUCUCCAUCGCCACUAUCCUCCUCCUCUCACCAUUCAAUCGGCUCAAACCUAUUCCCACCACCCAAGAUCUUGAGGCCCAUUCUCCCCAGGCCCAAAAGUGCAAGGCCCAAUCUCCACAGGCCCACACAGUCGAGGCCCAAUCCCCACAGGCCCAUACAGUCGAGGCCCAAUCUCCACGGGCUCAACAGGUUGAUGCCCAAUCUCCACAGGCCCAAAAGGUCGAGGCCCAACCUACGGAGACCUCUUCCACUUGA